AUGUCUUCUUACGUCGUUCUCGGAGCGUCCCGUGGCAUAGGGGUAAAGCAAGAACGCGACAAUAAGGUAUUCGCUGUCGUUCGCACCCCAGAGUCUGCGGCCCAACUGCAUUCGCUCGCGUCGACGCGAUCGAAUGUGUUCACAGUCAAGGGCGACCUCGACAGUGCGGAUUCUCUCAAGGCGAGCAUGACAGCCGCUGCCGCAACGGAAGUUGCAGGCCAUACCAGCGGAAAGCUUGACGUCCUCAUACUCAACGGUGCCCGCAUAACGUCCCAAUACUCCGGUAUGACCCUGGACAAGUUCCCUGACCCCCAAAGCCUCGAAGAGGACCUCAUGGCCGGCUUCCGCUGCAACACUGUCGGCGUCGCGCACGCCAUCAACGCCUUCCUGCCUCUGCUCCGCGCGGGCGCGAAGAAGCACAUCCUCGCGAUAUCCACCGCCGCCGGCGACAUCGACUUCGUGCGCGAGAUCGGGAUGGGCGCGAACGUCGCGUACGCCGCGUCCAAGGCGGCGCUGAACAUGGUCGCCACCCAGUUCUCCAUCGCGCUCAAACCCGAAGGCUUCACCGUGCUCUCGAUCAGCCCGGGGUACGUGAACACCUUCACCGAGGACCCCAGUUGCCCGGACUUCGACGGGAACCCGCGGACGCCAGCGGUUGCCGUGUCGAUGAUGCUGGACGUGCUGAACAGAAGCGGGCCGGGCCAGAGCGGUUCUUUCGUGUCCCAGUAUGGCAACAAGGAAUGGGUCUGA